UUGGCAGGAUGACUAGAAUAGACUGAUGAGCUGCUGCUUAUCACCGUUAUACAGUACCGUAGCAUCAUGCUAAGCUAAUUCAGGCUAUAUUACAUUAUAAUUCCGGCUAUAUUACACCAAAUAUUGGUUAUGUUAGGUAUAACGACGGAGGCUGCUACAGACUGGUAGGGUAAGUCUAUCUGAGGAAAGGGUGAUGAUAUCCACAUGCUAAACUGGAGAAUACCAGUGCUGGGCUAAAUCGCGAGAUAAAGGAAUGAGAGGCAAGCACACAUAGCACUGCUACUUCCCAGCUCUUUAUUCCUGCAUCCAAAUGAUCAACAAGGCUCUCUGACCAGACAUGGGGAACAUCUGGACCAGCCCAGUCGCUAUGCCAGGGAAUGGAGAUGACACCAACACCAGCUCUGAUCCCUUUCUGAGAAACAACGAUACCCUGAGAGUCCUGUCUGACUACACCUCUGCAGAUGUCAGUGAAACCCUGGUAGUCUUGUCUGACUACCCCUCUGCAGAUGUCAGUGUGCCUCUCUUCAAGAUAGGAGAGAGACUGAGACUCCUGGCAGAGGAGGGUUACUGGUGGAGGGUUUCUUCUGUCCAAACAGGAUAUGAGAACUACAUCCCCAACAACCAUGUGGCCAAGGUCUAUCACGGCUGGUUGUUUGAAGGGGUGGCCCGACCCAAAGCAGAGGAACUGCUUCGUCUGCCCGGAAACAGAGCCGGCUCCUUCAUGAUAAGAGAAAGUCAAAAAGGAGUGUAUACCCUGUCUGUACGGCACAGGGUUGUGGUACACUAUCGUAUUAUUCGCCUUCCCAACAACUGGUACUACAUCUCUCCUGGUCUAACCUUCCAGUGUCUCGAGGACCUCGUCAACCACUACUCUGAUUGUGCAGACGGCCUGUGCUGUAUUCUCACCACCCCCUGUCAGGCUGUAACCAAUGGCAACCUCAACCUGGCCUCCCAGGCACCCCCUGUGGUGAUGCACAACAACUUCGACUGGAAAGACGUCAACAGCUCGGAGCUGACAGACCAGCCUCAUCGUUACCCCGGCAACAGAGACUCUAUGAUCAGCUUUGGCUUGCGGAACACAGUCUCCUCCUACAUGUCUCUGGGGGACAUGAGGAAGGAGAGGAAGAGCAGCAGCUGGAGGAGGAAUAAGAGGAGGAGCAGUGUGUGUGUACCUCCCGGUAACGGUCACGGACUCAGCACUACAGCACUGGAAGAGGAAGAGGAGGGGAUGUACGCACAAGCCAUCCUCCUGAACUCUUAAGACUGGAUAUGGCCUUAAAUGUAUAGAGAGGACAUAUCCUGCAGUAUAGAGAGGACAUAGUGCUGUAUAGAGAGGACAUAGUGCUGUAUAGAGAGGACAUAGUGCUGUAUAGAGAGGACAUAGUGCUGUAUAGAGAGGACAUAAUCCUGCUGUAUAGAGAGGACAUAAUCCUGCUGUAUAGAGAGGACAUAUCCUGCUGUAUAGAGAGGACAUAUCCUGCUGUAUAGAGAGGACAUAGUGCUGUGUAGAGAGGACAUAGCAUACUGGACUAUGCCGUGAACGUGGAAGUAAAACUGUGAUGACGGUCACGCUGCAUAAUCAGUGACAUUCCGACCAUUAAUCACAAGGGUGUUACUGCAUGACAGCCUAAACUAGUUGUAAACAGCUGGAAUGGUCAAGACCGUUACUGUAACAGCAUUAUUUACACACGAGGGCUUAGUAACACAUCCACAAUAGCCCUAUUUAGCGCACUACUAUAGUGCACUACUUUUGAUAGGGGCUCUGGUCAAAAGCAGCACACUAUAGAGGGAAUAGAGCGCCAUUUGGGACUCUUGGUGAAGGUCAGUGAGGAUCAGGGGUCACAGGUCAGCUUACCAUGAGCAGCAUCCUGUCGAAGAGACCACGCGAGGAGGGGGAGGUCAGAUGUAGGCUGGCCACGUCGGCUCCACUCCGCUCUGCCCCCACCGUCACCAGCCUGGGGUCACCUCCGAACGCCUCCAUGUUCUCCUGGACCCACUUCAGAGCGGCGACCUGGUCCUGGAAGCCGGCGUUACCUGGCAGGACUGUGGAGCCUAGAGGCAUUCAGUUCACACUGCUGUUAUCAAGACACUUAUAUAACGCAAUGUGUUCUUUGGGUUGUGACUUGUGUUAUCGUCUACAUCAUUUCCAAAAAAUAUACAAAACAACAUGUUUUUAUUCCA